CAGGCUGCAUGUUCCCCUGCAAUGGAUGCGGUUGUUUUCACUUACACCUUGUGCGCUGCCUACAUCAAAUCAGGCACUUAUGAUAAUCUAGUUUUAGCCAUCAAUGAACUGAAUUCCAUCCCACCCAACAUGGUCUCCAGAUUACCAGCCAUCAAAUAUCUUCUUGCAGUUGCGUGUCAUAAAUUAAACAGGUUUAAAAUUGCUGAAGAAAAACUUGAAGAGUUACAUUCCACUCUGAAGAAAGACGUGGUCACACUAGAAAGUUACUUCUAUCCUGGAACGGAUGUCAUCAUUCCUGAAACGCAGCUCGAGAAUUUAUUGGCAGAGUCCAAGAAAUUGGAGUCGGAUUGUCGUUUGACUCAGCAUAACCCGGUAGCUGUCUGUCGUUUCGAAAGCUGCUCGGAUCUCAGUUCCCACAUUUAUCCCUCCAAGUAUAUAUUUAGCAACGAUCCUGACUUUUCUGGGUACAUUGUUGUUGUUUGUCAGGAGAAGUGUGAUGUGGAGUAUCAUGUGAAUUGUUGGAAAGCCUACAAGGAAAGCAAAGUGACAGGCUCAACAGGACGAGUCAGCGACAGGGAUUUUCUUGGCCAGCCAUGCCCAACAAUGGAUUGUGUUUUGAAUGAUGGCUCCCACUCUCCCAUCAUAAAAAUCGAUUUAUACGAUUCUCAAGGUAGCAUCAAGCAUAGCGCUGCAGUGGACGUUGCUAAAUUGAAACUAGAAGCAGCCAAGAAGAAAGAAAGAGAAAAGUUGGAGAAAGAAAAAGAAAAAAUCGAAAAAAUGGAGAGAGAAAAGCAAGAGAAAGAAAAGGCCAAAAUAGAAAAAUCUAAGUCAACUGAUAAAGUCACUGCCCAAAAGAAGACUGCUCCUGAAGAUCUCAACAAAACCAAAAGCCAAAAAACACCUGUGAAGAAGCCGAAGCAAGCAAAUGUUGAAAAGCAAAAAAGCUCCAAUAAAUUGACGUUCUCCUUAGACAAUGCUGAGAAACUGGAAAAAAAAAGAGUUGACGAAGAAAUCGAACUAGCCGUUUGCAAAGAUAGGAUCGGAACGUUGCGCCACCUGUGGCAAACGCAACAUUAUGUCGACCCGUCAGUUCCUCAAAUCAUCGAUCCAGACUUUCCUUCAGAGUUGCAAUAUCAGGAAACGGAAAAUGCAGAGAUCAAAACUUUCAUCUAUUCCAUGUUCAAAGAAAUGUUCCAAGCCGAAGGCCCACAGAGAGUGGUAGAUGUUCAGCAGAAAUGGGACCAUAGUGUAGAAUUUCAAGAUGUCAAGAAGAUGCUAAAAAAGUCUGAAAAUGUCUGUGAUGUACUACUAGUAUCUAAUGAUUUUUUCAUAAUAGAAGAUAUGAUGGCACUUCAAUGUCAGUUGCCAGAGGUGUACAACCAAGUCAAGGAUGUUACCCUUGAGUCAUUAAGAUUUAUGCAAGGCGCGUUGUUCAAACCAAAAGAAGAUUCAGCCUCCAAAGUUGAUAAGAGCUCAGAUCCAUUCAGAUUUCUUCCAGCGCUCAAUGAUCCGCUUAUUUUCAAUGGCAGUGACAAAAAUUCGAAGAGUCUGAAAAGUACAUCUGAUCAAAAAGUCAAUGCUGCUCAGCCUCGUUCCGUGGAAUCCAAGAAAGAGGAUGAAACAGUUAUUUUUGACUCCAACUGUAACAAAAACAAGAAUCUGUCAGCAAACGAAAAAGCCACUUCAAAAUCGGAACAGGCUGAAGCCUCCAAACAAGAUAAUAACAGUAGUGUGCUGCUCAAAACGCUUAACAAAAUAGCGGACCGUGUGAAACCCUCAGAGACUGUCGCAAGCAAAAAUUCAUCACGAGUAAAAUUGGUACUUGACAAAAUUCACGAUGUGAAAGCAUCUAAAGUCCAGAAAGGAAACCCUGUCACAGCUGUGGAAAAUAAAGUAGUGGACACAAACGUUCCAAAGCUAUCUAAGUCAGAUCCUCUACAAGCAUUGUCAUCUAAUUUAAUCGAGUUGGUUUCUGAGAGCUUCCAAAAAGUUUCAACAGCGGCAAACAAACCUGUUGACUCCUCUGUCUCACAUAAUAAUGUGGAAUUAAAGCGUGAAACUGAGAGAGAGUGUACCAUUAAUUUAAAUUCCUUAGAAGGAGAUAAUUUGUCACCCAAGGUAGACGAAAACGAAGAAUUUUAUGAAUGUGAACCAAGUUUAAAUAAUCCUUUGCAAAAUGAACUUGCCGGACGUAAUAUUGGGAGUGUCGGGGAGGAUGAGGUGGCUCCCGAAUGCAGCACCAAUACAUCGAAUCAAUCAAAUAAGUUGGAUCACACCAAAAAAUUGACUGAGUUAGAAUGUGAACCCAUUGUCCUACCGAAUAAUCAAGUUCUAAGAUUUUGCAAUGGAACGUCCAUCGGUGUGAUAUUGAAAGAGAUGGAGAAAAUUCAACGCUUCAUGCAUAAUGAUUAUGAAACGAAUGAAAUUAACCUGCAAAUGUUGAAUGAGCUGGUCAACAACUUCUUGUCAAAAUUCGUAGGUAACGAAAUAGAGAAACUCAAGACUGAAUCGGGUAGUAAAAUCCUCUUCAAGAAAAAAGUCAAACUGUGCCUAAAUAUUAGCAAAAAAGUUAAUCAGAUCAUCAUGGAAAAGUGUAUGGAUAUGAUGGAUACAAUACAUUCUUUCGGCGGUACUUUCAUCAAGCGAUACAGUGACUUGGCGGAAAAUUUGGACAAUCUUAGCUGUGAUAACUAUAUGCCUUUGAAAACCAUACUCAAUUCAACCUGUAGCAUUUUAGAUACAUCUGCAAUAAGCGCAGGUGAUUUUUUUUUCAAGAAGCCAAAAUCUAUUGAAUCUUCCCAUGUAGGUUGUCAAACCAGUACCUCAGACUUCCUUGAUUCUGAAGUGCAAACAGACAGUCCUUCUCUCCAACCUGCUGAAACUGAAUCAGGAGAAACAAAACUCCUGUUCGAUCACGUCAGAACUCAAAACGAUAUGAUUCUCAAGUUUUGUAAUGAUUACUCCUCUCUAAUGCCUCCGAUAAUCUCUGAAAAUUGUGAAGAAAUGGUUGUUGGAAACAACAGUUUUGAAAGAAACUCAAAAGAUCAAGGAAGUUUGUUAGCCCUCAAUGCCGUAUUGAUAAAAUCUGUGUUCACUGCAUUUGAAGUCAAUUCCCAAAAGUUCAAAACCACGGUAGAUAGUAUGUUAGAAGACUUGCAAACAAACCAGAUGGAUUUUAUUUUCAAUCUCUUACGCAGUCGAUACAAAGAGAAAGUUGCAGAUUAUGAAGCAUUUUUGAAAAAGUUUUGCACUAACUCUUCAAGGAACUUGGAUUGUUGGGCUGAAAUACAAGAUAACAUUGAACAUUGUAGGAAAAUGUUGCAUCAACUCGACUACAAGGAAAAUGUUUUCAAGCUGAAGCUUGCCAAACUCAAGUCUCAGUUGUUAGAAUCAGGUGCAGUCAGUGUCGAAGAUGUGAGAGACUUGCUGGCGUUGGAUUUCGAGCCAGACCCAGAGUUAAAUUUGAAAGUUUCAACCAUACACCAAGUUUUCGUAAGUCUGUUGAAAGCAGCUGCAAACGAAUUCCAGAGGCAAAAUCAUAAGUUCCUCCUGAAAGUUUUACUUCAAGCGAGAGAUGCCAACCUUUCUCUGUCGGAUCUAACCACUCAGAUUUUAGCACAACAGCGGAAUCAAAAUCGGAGUGAUCCGCGAAGUGAUCAAUCAACGUGCUCUACUGAAUCUGAUAGAGAGAAUACAGGAGCCUCCUCCGAUGGCAAGAUCAGUACUAGACACUCCCGCUCAAAUUCUGUGGUUUCUCAAUCUGAAGGAGAAGUAUCUGAAAGGGAAGAGAACAGUCAAAAUUUCACUACUUCGAAGAAAAGUGAUGAAAACUUUAGGCAAGCUGUUCAAGGCCAAGUUCAUGAGCCAAGAACUCCCGUGGUAUCCUGUGGUAGUAGUUCACAAAAUGCUCAACCAAAAUUAUCAAAUUCUGAAAUCUCUCAUGGUGCAAUAAGUUCAGGGAAGGUUAGUGGUGACACAAUCCCAGAGUCAAAAAUCAAAACGCCGGUAAGCACCGUACAAACCAAUAUCAGUAGCCACCCGAGUGCCUCUGGCAACACAACACUCUCUCGAUGUGAUGCGAAUGAACACCUGAUUGCCAAAACUGAGUCAGAAAAAACUGGCAGUGCUUCAUCUUCCGAGACGCUGAAGAAAGCUUCUAUCCAACACGUAGGAGAUUAUUCCCUUACCCAAGUAAAUGAUGCUUUAACUGUUGCAGAAAUUAAUAGUGUAGACCCUUCAACUCCAGCAAAACUUGAUAGGAAACUUCUGGAAGAUACUGUGAAGCAAACUCUUAUCGAAACCUUGAGUGAAAAACUAGUCACCAAUCCUACCUCUCUCUUACCUCAAAGCAUUGCCUCUGUUUCUGAUUUAGAAAUAAGCCACAAAAGUUCAUCAAACAAUGUUUCAAAGGUACCAUCUGAAACUCCGAAUGCACAGCCUUCAAUUCUUGAAGAUAAAAAAGCCUUCGAAGAAGCCAUGCGACAAAUUGCUAAGCGCCUUGUCGAAAAUGUGCCUGAAAAAAGUAGUGGAAAGCCACCAGUUAAUCAUGUAAAUCAAAAUUCACCACCAGCCUCCAGCAAACCACCAUCUUUUCUGCCUCCAUCGGACAGUGCGAAGAACUCAAAGCCCCAAUCUGAAACAAGGAAUGCACUGCCUCCAUGCAUACCGAGUUUAAGCAAGAUUGCUAUUGAAAACUCUGUACAAAAUACUAGAAAACGGGGAGCUGAAAAAUUGCUGGAAGUAUUUGAAACCAAACUGAAGAGCAACCCUGCAGAUUUAAAUCCUCCUCCAUUACCGAGCAAAACACCAUCUUCUGAGUAUCACUCCAGUUCUUCAAGUAUAAAUAAGUUGGGUCAAUGCGCACCUCCUUAUCAGUUUGCGCCUCAAUUUGCACCUCCCAAUCAGUUUGCGCCUCAAUUUGCACCUCCCAAUCAGUUUGCGCCUCAAUUUGCACCUCCCAAUCAGUUUGCACCUCAAUUUGCACCUCCCAAUCAGUUUGUGCCUCAAUUCGCACCCCCUUCAAUACCUUCGAAUCAAAAAGAUUUUGUUCCUCCUGUACAACGACAUGCAAAUGUGAUUCCCGCUGAUCAAUGUACUUUUGUAUCAAAACCCACAACAUCAGCGCAGAAAGUGCCACCUGUUGGGAAGGCUCCCCCGCAUCAAACUCCUGUCAAACUGCCAACCUUCCCAGCAGAGAAUGCCCAUCCUUCAACAAACCCAGUGCCAAUGACACAACAAAAAUGUGUGAGUAGUUCUGCAGUUAAGUCAAAUGGAACUGUGAAGUCCUCCGUGAAUGCUGCUUCGCAGAAUGUUUCACAGACAGCAAGCAAGGCAAACCAACCGAAGAAGAAAACAGACACUAAUUUACAACCACCUGGACCAUCACGAGUUGAAUCAAAGCUUUUGUCCUCACUGAAAGACGGAUGUUUCAAGAAAUUAAUGUUGAGUUUAAAACAGAAGUACCCCAAGAAAUCUGAUGUUGAAUUAAUUCUUUAUUUGAAAAGUGCCAGAGAAAUGAACGGAGAACAAUUGACUGGAAUGUCUUUCAAUGAAAUCAUAGCACUUGUCGAUUCUAUGAUAGAGACGCCCAAUUUCAAGUUUCCAAAACUUUCGGGAAGCGGUUCUAAUGGUGCUAAGCCAAGUACUUCUGUGAUGGGUUUAGAGAAGUUCGGUCAAUCAGCCUGGGUAAAAAAGGAAGAAAGAUUAUCAAAUUAUUCAAAUGAGGAUUUAAAAGAGUGCGUUGUUUGCUGCUGUAAAAUGGCAAGGAACACAACGACCACUUUGACUUGCAAACAUGUCUUCCAUACUCAUUGCAUACGCGAGUGGUUAAGAAUUAAAUGUGUCUGCCCCUUGUGUCAAGCUGUUUGUUUAAUGCCAGACGAAUACCCAAGUUUAAGAUAAAUCUCCAAGACUGCCGUCUCUUCAAAUUCAUCGAUAUUAUCCCAGUGUCAUUUUUAGAUGUUUUGUUACUUGUUGAGAAUUCUUAUUUUUUUACCAGUUUCUCUAAUUAUUUUUUUGGUAAGACUCGAGAUUUGUAAAUUUAUCUCUGAUUUUUCGUAUGCAGGGAUUAAUUUUCUAGUUUUAGUUUUUAUUUCUGUACAGAUUUUUUUUUGUACUUUUAUAAAGUUGCUCGUUAUUUCUAAGGAAACAAUUUUUUGUAAGAUCUUCUUAUGUACCUCAGUUGCCUUUUUUAUCCUUUUGUUACGGUAGUUUAUUAUUUUAUAGUUAGCUUUACAUCGUUUCUUCUUGAUCUAUUAUGACUAUUCUAUUUUCAUGGAGUUUCCAUUGAAUUAAUUUGCUCAGUGGCCUCUAUAUUUUUGUUCCCGGUCUAAAAUUAAGUCGGCAUAUCUGUAUCGUAAGAUUCGAAUCUGUCCCUUUUGAUUUAAUGUACUUCAAAAAUUUCUUCAACGGGUGGAUCCCUUCUUUUCAAUUAUCGAGAAAUAUUUUGUCAAAGUUCGUCCUUGCUAUAACCAAGUAUGAUCAUCUCUUUUUAAGAAGUAAAUCUUCAUGCUCGUUUAUAACUUAAGUAUCUAUCUCCUGUAUUUUUUCGAUUCGCUUCUUUUACCACAAAAUUUUCACAUUCACAUAUUCAGCUGGUUCUUAAAAUUGCUUGGUUUUGAUUCAACUAGUUUCGCAUUUUCUGAAGAAUCUCUUGAUGUAACCAGUCAGUUUUCGUUGAGUUUUUCCUUCACUUGGAGUUAUUUUCAAGCAGGAAAAUGAAAUAUACUAGUAGAAACUGUGAUCGUUUUUCAUAACUCAAUGUAAAACCACCUUAAUUUCUAGCUUAAUUGUCCAUCCCUGCAAGGAGAAGAUUUUUGCACAAAAUGUACUAUAACGGAGUGUAAAUCUUCAGCUUUGCUAAAUUCAAACCUAAUGAGAAUCAUGUAUGCCGUCUUGUAACGUCUUUUUCUGUGUAUCGUGUAUCUCAUUGUGUAAAGUACUUAAAGCACAGAAAUCCUUGUUUAUUGAAGAGAAGAUACUUCAGCUGGAGGACUAGUUUCAGUUACCCCUAUUAAAAGUAGAACUUGUCAUUAAUUUAUCCUAGUAUAUCUGUAAAAAUGUAACCAAAUUUUUGUAUUAUUUUUGAACGAAACGUUCUAAUCGAGCUAGUCAAUACUUUGACUCAUCAUCACAAACCCUCCACUAAUAAUUUGACCGUAAAAAUCAGGGUAUUACUGCAGAUGAUCAAAUAACUUAUUGCCUCAUUAUCAGGACAAAUUAUAACUAACUCUUCAAUUUCUACAAUUUUUCAAAGUAGCAGCUGUUGAAUAACCUUAACUCAAGGAUCCUCCCUCUUAAAAACCAUCCUGAUGACAGAGUUGAAAAACCGAGAUAACCAGAUCGGAAGGCCUCAUAAUUGGAGAUGCCGUUCCUGACAUUUGUUAUGACAAAAAAAGCCGCAGGCAAAAAAAUAUCUUUACGAUUAGGUAAGAAUGGAAGCUUUUCAUUCCAUAGGUAGUGAUUCAUCGUUACCUGUUGAAAUAGCCAUGUUUUUUUUCUGAUCCAGUUGUUUAAGUGCCUGCCAUGUUCAAAAAUUUCUCUGAAUUUAUGUCUGUGCCCAGUUACAUUUUGCAGAUGAAUUAGGGUUAGUGAUCAUUUUUUUAAUUGUUCCAGACCUGCAUUUUUAUUGUAUUUUAAUUAAUUGGAUACUUGUAUAAAACCUCAACAAUUAUGGAAGCAUAAAUGUCUCAGUAAAGAAAGUUUCUACAGAAAUUUA